CAAUGGCGCUGUGAAUGACGGAGAUUAUUUGAUCAUCGUACCGCGAGUGUUUCGAGCUGGUACGACGCAGAACAUUGGUAUCAAUAUUUUUGGAAAUAAAUCUUGUGAUGUACGCCUUACGCUGGAUGACUCAACGAAACGUGGCAUCAGUAGCCAAGCAAGAGGUCAUUUUCAACCAAAUGAAGCUGGUAUGCUGAAACUUCAGGUCAGUUUUUAUCAAGUCUUUGUUUCAGGCCACUGUUCUAUCAUACCUCAAGCGCUAAUCGUAACUGCACAGAAAGUAUGGCAUGGUGAAUUCGCUUAUGCAAGAAGUUUCAGUACGCUAAUAUUGCGAAUAUUUAACUGAGAGGUUCAGGCGAUUUUAAAAAGUACAUAAAGAUCUCCAUAUUCAAAGGUAUCCUAUUACCGUUCUCGUCAAAACCGCAAUGACGGUAUAGAGGAUUUUCAUAGGAUAUUACCUUUUCAAUUCGAUUUUAAUUUCAUAACGAAUCCUCUCAUUCCGGUAUGAAGUACGUUGACGUGCGGCGGAUGUCUAUGAUGAGAUACCGCGAUAUAAAUUAAUGGUCUUUUCAAAUUCUCGACGCCUUUUGUAGGCCUACCAUAAGUCCAUAUUAAUUACUUGUCCGUGCUGUUUCAUUGCCCAGGUACCUGAUGGACUAUCUAACGUGAAAGUGGGAGCUACUGUAUGCGGAGUACAAACAGCGAAGAAAACUGUUACUUAUGAAGCUCUAGCGAAGAAGGUCUUUAUUCAAACCGAUAAACCCAUUUAUAAACCUGGACAGAAAGGUCAGUACGUUAUACCUGUUAGACCUUCUUUCGUAUGAAUUGCAAUUUGGAACAAAUUAGCUACGAAUCACGACAUGUAUCAUCAUGAAUGAAUAUAAAGAAAAUCAACUUGAUCAAUGUAAACGAACGCAUAGUACAAAUAAUUAUUGCACAAUCAUAAAAACUGAUCUUUUGCAACAUCAGCUGUUCUCAGUAAUUUACUGAUCCUUUUAAUAUUAAUAGAACCAUUGCUGCAUGACUUUCAAAUUUUAAACAAGAGAAAACUUAUUUUUAGUUUUGAUUCGAAUUAUAUGUGUGGAUUAUGAACUAAAACCUGCAGGAAAGAAAGUAAGUCAACAAUUGAUAUUGCGUGUGCAAAUGUACAUCACGCACGUAACAUCUUGAUAUUUUCAAUGGAAACCACUUAUACAUCCUCUGAAACGGAUAAAAAUUGUCCACCAUGCAACAAAUGACUUUUCAUUCCAAUAGGGUUAAUAUGUAGUACGUUCAUGAAUGCCAUAUAUAGUGUUAGCUGUAUAGUGGCUUUGUAUCAAAACGCGUUAAAUGACAUUUAGGACUUUUAUUGGUAAACACAUUCAGUUAUACCUCGACACUCCGUAGCUACGGCUGCUACGUCCACAGGCCGUUUUUCUUAUGCGUAAAAAUCGAUUGAUAAUCCACGAACUGCGCUGAUUUCAACCCAUUCGAUAGGAAACCAAUCAAAAUUCAAAGGGUUUUUCAACUUUUAAUGAAUGUAAAGAAAGUUGCUUGUGGGACAUGGUUAACUCCAUUGCAAAAUAUAGUCACAAAUUGAUCAGCAUUAUAAAAUAGACACAUUGACAUAGUUAAUAUGAUUUGUACAUGCAACAUAGCAGCUAUUUUUCCAUAACAUGCCUUCGCAGCAAAAUUUAUGAUGCUAAACAUGGCUAUGGUGCCUUUCGCGCUAAGAAGUCGAAGGUUUUCACCUUCAGAGGACAACGUUAGUUGAAUCAGCUGCGAACUUGAUUAACACGUUGUUAACUAUCACUCACUUAUCAUUAAUAUUGACUAAUUUCUGUCCUUUUUUUUCCUGAAAGGUUUCCUCAGUAGUAAUUCAGGUUUGUAGAUUGUUUUGGUUUCCGUAAAUAUAAUAUCGUACAAAUAUGUUUAGAUAUCGUCAUUCGUCCAUCUCUCACCACUGUAGUCAUGCGAAAUGUGAGAACCGAUAUUGUGUUUGUAGUGAGUCCAUGUGGCAGGGGUUGGGGUGUGGAAGGAGGAGAAGAAGGGCCAUAAUGGAUGCCUAUAUGUUUUGAUUAUUCUAAAACGAAAGUAGUUUCUUCUUGAUCAUUCUCAGAGUAGUCUAAUUGCAUUGUGUAUAACUUCCCAAAAUGGCGUCAUCCGUGCACUAAAGCCUUGUCAAACGAGGAUGGGAGUUGAUAAGAGUUGCCACUUUCGCCCGCGCUUGACCACUCACUCUCAUCGACUUUCAUAAACUUUCAUUGAUUUUGAACUGUUUAAAUUUUAAUUUAUUUAAAAAGAGAGUUAAUAAGUCUUUUCGCUAUCGCGCGGUAAUAUCCAAUUAACUUUCAUCAAGUCUCAUGCAAUUCUCGUAUUCGUCUUAUCAAGGCAUGAGAGUUGAGAAACCUCUCGUGUAAAACGUUCGCUUCUCAAUUCUCAUUAAUGUUUGACCACGGCUUACAACAUCAUAGCUUGCACAAAUAAGAUCGAGACUGCCAAAACGGCUUCAGAAUUAAUAUAAAUCCCUUCACAAUGAUUUGAUGUCACAGGAACCCAGCGGUGCGAGGAUAAUGCAAUGGAAUGAUGUUGAACUAGAAGAUGGUAAGAUUUUCAUUUUCACAAUCUAAAAUACUUCACGAAGUCACAACCAAAAAAUAAAGUGAAAAUUGAAAUACGUGCGAUUUUGUAAUCACGUAUUUGAUUGCAGGCCAUAUAUUAAAUUCAAUUGCCUUUAUCAAUCCGGAUUCCGAAAUAAUAUCACGUAAAUGCAUAUUUAGGCGUCGCUAAUCUGGAUCUUCAAUUGUCAAAAGAACCUGUUCUUGGUAAUUGGUUAAUUAAAGCGAAAAUUGAGGUAUGUCUACACAUGAACGAAAAAUGGCCGUUGGAAGGGAUAGAUAUAGAUGAGAUUAACAUAUAGAACGUGACUACGUGAGUGCCACUAUAGGUAGCGAAUGAAACAAGGAGUGAACUUUUGCAUAUGACACAACUACCUGAAAAACAUAGAAUGUACUUUGACAUUUCGAUCGAAGGCUUUCGGCCGGAAGUUUACUGGAAGAACAUUGUGAAAAUCCAUACUAUAUGAAAUUUCCAAUUGCAUCACUAAGUACAUAUAUAGUAUGUCUAUACAUUAAUUCCAUAUUAUAUCCAUUGGAUGGAAAUUGCAAUUAGUUUGGAAAUUGGAUUCCCCCCAAUAGCGUGGGUUGUGCAAAUCAAAUGUCCUUUUAUACUCGUUAAUGCAAAUGCGACCAUGCGCGCCGGCCAGGUUAUAAAAUAACUAAUGAGAUGGAUAUUUUCUAAACUGGAGAGCACUAAUUGCGCCUUUUAACUGAUUACUGUAAUCUAAAAGCCCACUUACACUCAAAGAGUGGAGGUUCAAUCUCAGCUUCACUGGAGUAUCAAUGAUGUCAAAGGAGAGUAGACAUAUAGUAAGGUACUAUACUAACCUUCCAUCUAUUCAAAAACGACAUUCAAGGGAAGCUCUGAUUGAACUUCCACUCGACUUUGAUUGUGAGUGUGAGUGAGCUUUUAUAGAAUAUAGGCGUUACAGACUGUAUACCUCCGCCUGGGAAUUAAGUUAUAUAUUGUGCACAAAUUGUACAAUAUGCUAAUUACGCACUCAGUGUAUUUUGUCCAGGAAUGAGCAAAGCAAAGUUUGCAAAUUUCUUUUCCAAAUUUAACGAAUGCCUACGGCAACUAUGGUCUCAAAAUUACUCAACGUUUGUUAUUUCGAAUAAACAAACGCAUAAUUUAAGUGGUACCCUUGCAGUACGUUUAUUUGUUUGCAUUCACAGAUGCAAUAUAUUUGUUUUUCAGAGCAAAACAGUCACAAAGCAAAUUGAAAUUGAUAAGUACGGUAAGUGGACUGCAGAUAUACAGCUUAUGCAUUUAAUGUACGCUCCAUUGUCUCAUCGAUAUACUUUAUUAUAUAAUACCUUAUUAAAUUCUAAUCGUUUAAUUGGCUGUUUAUGGUCACGUGAUAUUGAAUAGAAAAUUCCAUUUCCCAAGAGUGCAAUGGAACGCGUUCCAUUGCACUCUCGGCGAGUGCAAUGGAAUAAAACGUAUAGUACAAUUGCACUCUUUGUGUUUUCGAUAAAUCGCAUCCCUGAAAAUGCUUCUCAUACGAAUUUAUUAGUCUGUUCUGGACUUUUGGUAUUAUAUAAAACAAAUAAUAAAUGUUUCUUCGUGCAAUGGUAAGAAUAUUUUCAUUCGGUGAAAGACGGAAUGUUCCAUUCAACUCGGCUGUCGCCUCGUUGAAUGGAACAUUCCAUCUUUCACCUCAUGAAAAUAUUCUUACCAUUGCACUCAUAAACAUUCAUUAUUUGUAUAUUAUCUAAUUUUUGUAUUGUUUUUCAAAUUUCCAGACUACGGCACUUUUUUCACAAUAUUAUAAUUAUUUCAAUUUCAGCGUAAUCAUAAUAAUAUUUUUAGUGAAAAUAUAUCAGCGCUACUCUCAGUGUGCUAUGAAUAUGUUAUAAAUCAAAGUCAUUCCGUAUUCCAGGAAACGAACACGCGGAGGAAUUUCGUUCUCGAUCAAUUAAUGCAUUUGUUGACAUUUUCGCUCUAAGUCAAUCUGAAUGCGUAAUUGGUUACUACCACCAAGCAGUAAACAAGCAUACAUUUGAACAUUAAAUUUACGGUCUUAAAAAUAGCUUGAGGGGGGUCAGAAUUUUUAAUUUUUUGAUUGGAUUUUCAACGUGACAAGGUAAAAAAAAGAGAUUUUCCGUGAAAAUUUGCCGCUGGGAUUUUCGCUUUAUUGCCUAGUUUUGAAGGUAUAAACUUUCGAACAGCAGCGUGUUUAGAACUUGGCAAUAAAACGGAAAUUCCAGCGGCAAAUUUUUACACAAUUUAUUAUCUUACCUUGUAACGUUGAAUCCAAUCAAUUAAAAAUUAAAAACCAUGACUCCCUCGAAGUUUAAUUUAAGACCCUAAAUUUUCUGUUUAACUGUAUGUUUUUACCGGAAGUGGGCUUUCAGUGCUCGCAGAAAAACAACCCACAGUAACCUUUGACGCAUUCUGAUUGGCUUUAAGCGCAAUUGUCAACAAUGCUCUGAUUGCUCAAGAACGAAAUUCCUCCCUUGUUCAUGAAGCGCCCAUUCGAAUUCUGUCUUGAGGAAACUUGACAUUAAAUGUUAAUUUACGCUCUCAUUAACUGAUAAGUUUUGGUAGUUUUACAUUUAAUUGUACCUUUUAGUUCUACCCAAAUUUCAACUGGAUGUCAAACCUCCUUCAUAUUUAGCAUUGGAUCAACGAGAGAUUUUUGUCUCAAUAUGCGCCAGGUAGUUACCAUACAUAAUUGGAUUGGAUGAAAUUUUUCACCGACGAUUCGACUCAAAUGAAUGCACUAAUAAGUUCAUCUAUUCAAAAGACCACUAUGUCACGGUUUCCAUUUUGCAAAGUGUUUACGAAUGGCCAAAGCCCAAGAAUCGUGGAUUGCGCAUUAAAUUGUAACUGUCCAACUUGCCUAUAAUGGUUCUAAUGAAUGAAAUCUAUCAAAAUUAUUUUGAAAUAACCAUUUAAUAUACGAACACACGUACUUGUAUUGCUUAAAAACUGGCGGUGCAAAAGGUCAGAGUUAAGAGACAAUGACAACAGAGAAUCGACUUAAUUGAAAAAUAUUUUACCAAAAAAGGACAAUGUUCAGAUGGUCUACACCUAAAGGAGUAAUUAACACUGGAUUUUUUUUCAAAAUCCUUAAUAUGGAAAUAGUAAGCAUAGUGAUAGUGAAUAGAAUAUAUUUUCACACCAAUUUCAAUUUCUAUACAAUGGAUACAUGCAGUAUGGAAGUAGUGCAAAUAUACUAUGGAAUUAAUGAUGCAACCGCAAACUCCAUAGGGUAGGCCUGCAAAGUACAGAUGGUCACAUAAAAAAUAAUGCGUUCUUUUUCUGGUCAGAUUACAAACAAUUUGGAAGUUGAAACUGACCCAGCACGCAAAACAAGCAUUUUUCUAAAAAUAUUCCUGGGGAAAGUUUCUUUGUUAUCGCUUUGGUCUGAAAAUAUUUCCAUCCAAAAACGCUAUAUUUGUAAAUAGACGUGUACAGUUUACUUACAGCAUACACUGUAUAAAUAUAAAUAUUUAUAGUUCUAAUCUGUUUUUGCAUGUUGUUGAUAGUGGAUGUUCAAAACGAUUUUGCAAGGAAAUUACACUUGUUGUCGGAGUAAUAACAAAAAAAUCACACUUGUGGUGAAAUAUUCUAAUCACGAAAUAAAAAAUUAUAAUUUGAUUUUAGGUACUCUUAUGGAAAGUUGGUCACAGGACGUUUAGAAGCCACCAUCUGUCUCAAAUAUGAUACCGUUACACGAAAUUGUUUGACGGAAAUAAAAAAUGUAGGUUUCUUGCGCAUUACACACUAUGCAACGAUAACGUGUUCAGUUAGGCAGUACAUAUGCGUAAGAAUGUCGCGAAUACGUUUAUGGACUGUAAUUAUAUUUCAUAAUAAUGAAUUAAGCAAUUAAGUUACGAAAUAGCCCAGAAUAUCAAGUAAUUAAUAUCACAUAAACCGAAGGUUUACGAUGCGCAAUGGCUUGCGUUACAGAUCAUUCUGAUCUCUAUUGAGACCCCGAAACGGCAAUGGAGAUACACAUUAAAUUUUGUUGUGGUUGUUACUGCACUUCUUCAGCAGAUAUAAACUAGGCUAUCGCUGAAGCGCUGUUUAGUCAAGCUGAACAGAACGCCUUUUCUUGAAGGAAGAAGUUGAAGAAAUAUAACCAUGAAUCGAACAGACUUGUACCGUAUAAUGCGAAAAUGUUACCGGAAUAAAAAUCUUAAUCUAUUUUGGGGAAUUAAAGUGUUUGUGAAAACCAGCUUUCAAAUUUAUAUUGAAAGACAUUUUUUAGAACGCCCGAGAGGAUUUAAUCGCCUGAGACGUUAAUUAAAGACUUGUAAUUACCAAUAAAUAAUCAUGUCGUCCGACUCUCCUAUAAAUAUGAGACGACUUAACUCGAACAUACUUAGCAAUGAAACAUUGGAUAUAUACAUGACUGUCAAAUUAAUGACUAUUUGUUAUAUUUUUUGGUCUCAAUCUAUACUGGUUCCCAUGCAACUGUCCAUCUUGUAUUUAUAUUAGUCGCUAUUUAUAUGAGAAGUUUAGUUCGUCCAGACUUUUAUUAAUUUAAUUAAGACGUCUUCUAAUGCAAAUACGGUUAAUUUAUCAUUCACUUCAUAGUAUUCUCAAUUUUGAUUGGAUAAUUUGUCUGCAAAUAACUAUGUGCAAAUAUCGAUCAGAUGCAAAUAACUUGCGCAAAUACUUUGUUGAGCAUGCGCAUUUUGAAGAUGAUUCGUCACCUUAAAUUAAGAAUUAUCGCCUUCUCUUUUGAAUUGUCAACAUGGCUCGUUUUUCCGAGCCAUCGGAAACCGAUUGGUCAUCUUUACUGGAGGAACAGGACGCCGAAAACACAAAAAAGGCACCAAAAGUUAAAUUGUUUACACGCUUGAUUUUAUAAAAAUCACAAGUUUUGUGCAAUACAGUAUUUUUACAUAGUGUAUAUGUCAGACUAAAUUAUACUUUUUCAGUUGACUGUUCUCGUAUUUGUUAUUAAACUUGUGCCCAUAAUAAUUUACAAAUACUAAUCGGUAAACGAUAAAACAAUUAUUGAACUCGGCUAUCUCAAAAAUAUAGUGAAUUAUCAGAGGCUCGCAGAUCAAUUAUUUGCAUCUGCCUUCGGCUUCGGCAAAUAAUUGAUCUGCUCGCCACUGAUAAAUCACGAUAUUUUGCUAAACCUCGUCCAAUAAUUGUAUAUUAUUAUUUUACAGGUCACAGGAUGCGUAGAGAUUAAUGCAAGAGAAUUAGUUGACCCUGUAACAGAAUAUAUGCCUUACUAUACAAAUAAAUACUAUCUACAAAUUCAAGCAACAUUUACUGAAACGUCCACUGGGGUUAAACUGAAAGAAUACGCUCGAAGCCCUAAUAUGGUCGAAAAAUCCAAAAUCAUGUCAUUCACUAACGUUCCGCAAAAGUUCAAACCUGGAUUUCCUAUCACUUUCAAGGUAUGGAAUUUGAAUUAUAUUCCAUAUUGUCUUCCGAUCGUUGUUGAACUUUUCAGAAAAAGAAAACAUUUUUCCUUUAACGGUCAACUCUGCCAGUAGAUUGAUGUCUGUCAAAGGAUAAUCUGCUUGGGCCCACUUUACUGACAUGAUAGUGAUUGAACUUGAAUACUUGAUUAUAAAAUCAUGAUCUCUUUUGAAUUUUAAAAUUUUACAUGCUCGCUACAGUGUGUUCAUGACGCACUCGUCACUAUUCCUUUCAUCCUAAUUAAAAAAUAUUAAUUUUAUAACAAUUGUUAAUUUUAUAAUAUUAAUAACUAUUUUGAUCCUAAAAUAUAAUUUACAGAACGAAGGAAUAUUUUGUAAUGGAACACUACCACUGCAAAUGUUUUUCUAAAAACAUGAUUCUCCAGGAAAAACACGGGCUUCUGCUGUCUAUUAUUUUACUUGUCCGCUCAAAUUCAUUCAUUGACACAACAUGAAGAUCACAGAUACACUGUAUAACAAGAGUCAAAUACGAUUCUCAAUUACAGGAGCAUAUGUGAACACUUCAGUAAUUUUAAUUCAUUAUUAGUUUUUCCAUUUAUUGAUCAAGCGUUUAUGUCUGAAAUCUUGUUUCUCACCAAUAAUAUAACUAGAGCUUAAUCAUUACUAUUACUAGAAAUACAUGCAUGCAACAACCCCUCGCCUAUGUUUUCCAAACAUUGUUGCAACAUGAAGUAUUCAUGAUUACGCCAACACUGAAUGCAGGCUCACUUUGCACGUCAAGUUAGUCAUGGCAAUACGAAUCCAGCGCUUCCACUUUGAAGGAAAUUUCCUUUUGAAAGGAAAUUUUUCAAAAUGAAGGAAAUUUGAAGGAAAUACAUUUUGAAGGAAAUGUGAAGGAAAUUCUAGAAGAACGAGGGAAAUUUGAAGGAAAAAGCAAAAUUUCGCCAAAAUUGGUAAUAUUUAAUAUAUUUUGAAAAUAAAUAGUCCAGUCAAUCUGUGACCAGAGGUCAAAGAAAUUGCAAUAGAAUUUUUUUCAGUGGUAGAACGUGAGAGAAUGUGUCCUGAUUAACAUACUAAAAAUAAAAAAAAUUUCUUCUGUGGAACAUGGUGAAAAUCGAGUUUUUCUUACAGAAACCUAUAGAAAACCAUUGUGAAAAGAAUGUUCAAAUUUUGAAAUCAUUUUUAGGCAAAUGUAACCUACAUUAUCGGAAAGCUUAGAAAAAACUAAAAUACAGAUCAUUAAACGGUUAUGUCCAAUUUACUGGUCAGUUUGUCGUUAUUCUAGCUCAAAGUUGGAAAAAUAGUGCAAAAUUUGCACAAAAUACAAAUUUAUGGCAUUUUAAAUCUUGUAUAGCUUCGGAUAGAUAAGCAAAAGCAAGAUAACCGUUUAAUGAUCAUAUUUAGUUUUUUUCUAAGCUUUCCAAUAAUGUAGGUUACUUUUGCCUAAAAGUGAUUUCAAAAUUUGAACAUUCUGUCCACAAUGGUUUUCUAUAGGUUUCGGUAAGAAAAACUCGAUAAUAUUUUCACCAUGUUCCACCUAAGGGAUUUCUUUGGAUUUUUAGUAUGUUAAUCAGAACAACUUUUCUCACUCUUUACCACUGAAAACAAAUCUAUUGCGAUUACUUUGAUCAGGACCAUGUACUUAUAGUGAUUUGAGUGGACUAAAAGCUUAAAAUAAGCUUCAAUCUGGCCACAAUUUAACAGAGAAUAGAAGUUGAGAAUGUAUAUUUCAUUAUUGAAUUUUGUCUCGCUGAAUGACGUCAUUCUGUUUAUAGUUUUUAGUUAUCUCCAGGGGCGUUGGAAAUCUUUUUAGUUGGGGGGGGGGGCUUAAAUGUCUUUGGGUCCUUCACUUUUUAACAAUAGUCAGUAAUAAAGAAAGUUAAAUGAUAUUAUUUCAGUUACACAUGCAGACAAAACAACUUGAGAUAUUUUAUGACAUUUUGUUACCUUUAGAACUCUGUAAAUCUCCUUAUAAAGUGCAGGAAAUGGCAUUUCCGAGACUCUAGUUUAAACUUUUCCCGGAGGGCAUGCCCCAGAAUGUCACCUGCCAUCAACCGCCUUCGGCGGACACUAAGUGUCUCCCCCCCCCCCACACUUUUACAGCUGCUCCGACGCCCCUGGUUAUCUCACUUGUCUGUAUGGAAAUAAAGUCAUAUACAGUAAUUGUAUUAGACUUUAGAGCAAUGAUAAAAUUGAACAUCCAGAUGGUUGUUAUGUUGAGAAAAGGCUAUUUUGAGGUUGAUUUUGGAGAAUAUUCAGCGUAAUUUUAUUUAAUUUUAUAAAGGGAAUUUGAAGGAAAUUUCACAAUUUUUUUAAGGAAAUUUCGGUCAAAAUAAGCGGAAUAAAAGGAUUUUUUGGUUUUCAAAGUGGCAGCACUGCACGAAUCACGAUUUUUUAAAUUUUUGAGCAAAGCUGCAAAAAAUAGAUGAAACUUGAACACUUUUAAACACAGAACUGUCAGGUAGGUAUAUUAAUUUGGUUUCUAUGGCCUUUAUUUUAAUGUAAAAUUCAAAACGAAACCCUACGUAAAACGUUUUUAAAUGUGAAUUGAAAUCAGCUACUUUUUGCCGAUAUUUAUAUAAACUCUUCAACUCAAGCUUCUACCUAUUACUCGCACCUUGAAAGGAAAUAAAUUUAAUUCGUACAGGACGCUGAUGAAAAUAAAUUGCUUUCUUUUUUAUAAUGAACUUCUACAAAGGUUAAUUUAACUAAGAAACUUUCGCACACACUGCACACUUGAAUUAAGAUCAAGAACAAGUCCACAUUAAAGUGCAUAUGGCAUGAAAUUUCAUAUUUUCUUAAAUGAAAGAACUCUUUAAGCUGUAGUUUAACUUAUUUUUCAGUUUCUUGUUUUUAUGGUUUGUUCCCGAGAUAUUUCAAAUUGUUUGAUAUGUAAAUGAGUGUGAAUAUGUCCGCUAAUUUAUGACGUCAUGUUGGUUGCAAGCUCAACUUACACUGGUUAUAAAUCUAUUAAAUCUAAAAACUGUAGGUAUCUGUUCACGUUUUUUCUACAGUGUUUCAUCAUAUUUACCAGUGAGUGAAGUUUGAUAUUAUCAUUUGGAUGAUAGCAGUGAUAUUCAACCAUUUUGAACAGCUUGCAACCAACAUGACGUCAUAAAUUAGCGGACAUAUUCCGACUCAUUUACAUAUCAAACAAAUUGAAACAUCUCGGGAACAAACCAUAAAAAACAAGAAACUGAAAAAUAAGUUACACUACAGCUUAAAGCGUUCUUUCAUUUAAGAAAAUAAGAAAUUUCAGGUCAUAUGCACUUUAAUACAAAGUCAUACAUAAACAAUUGAACACUUUAGGAUUUCUCAUACUAAAUCAAUUCUUACAAAUGUUUACGUUUACUUAAAAAAUUGUAUAAAGUUUUACAAUUUGUUAUGUGAAACGAUUUUCCAAGCUUUCCGACAAUCAUUUUUUAUAUUUGUUGCCUGUUCACUCCUGGGAAGCAGCCAUAUUUUGAAAUCAGUGAGAUGACCACCCACCAAACCCAUGUCCACGGUCAUUGAUGAAUUUUAGACUUCGCUGAUGCUUUCGUUUCCUCGGGUGUAAUUAGCCAGAGGGGGGGGGGGGGAUUAGUACCCUCGUACGGCGCUUCGCGCCGUCGGCUUGGGGAUAAAUGGAAGCUUUACACAUUCACCGGGAAAACCAACUCUUAACCACUUGAUUAAAGCGUCAAAAGAACUAAUUACCUAUAAUUCAACUGCGUGCAUUAAGAGGUUUCUUAUCGCCUAUACGGCUAUAACGAAUGUUAUAUCACACUUGUACAUAUACAUCUUGUAAAAUUUAAAUGCAGAGUAUUAAGUAUUUAAUUCGUUUAAUAUACUUCGUCCUUGCCACAAGUAAUUGUCCAUAUUGACAAUAAAUUAUGCGAAAAUAGGUGCAUGCGUCAUGUCUUUAAUCGCUGAAACUGGUUUUCAAUUCGAGUUUUCGCCUUGUGUAGAGAACGACUAAAAUGAAUGAUCCAAGACAACAUCAGUCUCUAUUAUUUACAAAUUUAUUAUUUCCUUCAAGAUUAGAAUCAAUUAUCUGGAUGGAAAACCUGUGACUAAUGGCAGACUUACACUUGAAGUCUCUGGACGUCGCUUUAAUAAAAAGUCGCUUGGAACAUUAUUUCGACGAUCUUACUCUGUUAACAAUGGCUUGAUAUCUGUCUUUUUCAGCAAUGUACCGAUUUAUACGGAGACCCUCAACUUUAAGGUAAGUCUGCGUUCUAUUGAUUAGGUACUGGUUGUUUUUUAUUAGGUAGUCAUAUGUCCUUAGAAAACUCUCUUGACAUCUGAAAAAUUUGUUUGUUACAGAUGUAAAACAAUUCUUGCCAAGAAUACAUUUGGCUAUUCCCGCUAGCUACCCCAUAUUUUAUUCAGGGUCCGUUUAAAGAGCCAUCCUUAUACAGUUUCUUGAAUAGUGGAAAAGACACAUUACAAACCAAAAUAAUUUGUACAUUGAUAUUUUUAUUGAAGAAUGAAACCAGAUGUUUUGCAUAGAACAUUAUUUUGAGAAUCAGAAACUGGCUACCCCAAAUUUUAUUCAGGGUCCGUUUUAAGAGCCAUCCUUAUACAGUUUCUUGAAUAGUGGAAAAGACACAUUACAAACCAAAAUAAUUUGUACAUUGAUAUUUUUAUAGAAGAAUAAAACCAGAUGUUUUGCAUAGAACAGUAUUUUGAGAAUCAGAAACUGUAACGAAAAAGUCCGCAACUGUGGUUACUAUGGCAACAAUGACGUUUCGAAAUGGCUGCUAAUUUACGUUUAAUUAAGUUAAUUUUAAAAGAAUGUCGGUGACCCCCAACUUUUAUUUUAUUAAAAGUUAUCUGUUAGUAUAAGUAAUCAUUAAGCCAAUUUUUUAAAAAAAUUCUGUAGAUCCAAAAAUUUUUGGUCACGAAUAAACACUUUAUUUCGAUUUUGUUAAAAAAAUUACUAAUGAUUGUUCAUACUAGAAAAAAAACUUUUAAUAGAAUAAAACUUGGGGGUCACAGCCAGUGUUUUCAAAUUAAAUUAAUUUUAAAGCAAAUUAGCAUCCCUUUUGAUACGUCAUUGUUGCCAUAGUAAUCACAUUUACGGACUUUCCCUUACAGUUUCUGAUUCUCAAAGUACUGUUCUAUACACGACAUCAGGUUUCAUUCUUUUAUGAACAUAUCGAUGUAUCCAUUUUUUGAUCUGAAAUGUGCCUUUUCCAAUUUUCAAGAGACUGUAUUGAGCCAGCUUAACUCCUCCCUUCCUCCACUAAUCAAUCGUCUGCACUAUGAUAAUUGUUCAACAAUCACCUUCAUAAUAAUUUGGUUUUUCUGUAUGUAUGAAGUUAUCUUUAAACACUUUAGGCAAACUACAAUUCUGGACAGUUAGAAAAAAGUAAAUCUUCCAAAGCUUUGUAUUCGCCAAGUUUGUCUUAUCUGAGAUUGGUUUUACCAGAACAUGUGACAGCAAAGGUAAACAUUUUAUAUCACAUUGCUUGCUUAAUGGACAGCUCGGUACUCUCGCAAUAGCAGAUUGAUAUAACAGUGUUCGUACACAUGCAAUAUAUAACGACUCUUCUAAAAUGCAUUAUUUUACUUCAAAAGAUUAACUUCCGGGAUAAAAGUUAGCUUCCAGCAUCACUAUUCGUUAUAUGAACUUAUUUUAGGUCGGGAGUCUAGGAUCUGUGAAUGUUUUGUACACCGUUCACGAAAAUAAUCUGGAAGAGAUUCCCUUUCACUAUAAGGUAUUGUUAGUUUGAAUUAUGUUCACGAGAGCCUAAGAGUGCUCGAUAUCAUAUAGAUAGAGCGCGAUGUGUAGUUUUUACUUCAGUGUAAAGGUUUCCACUACACCCUGUUUCAUCCAAGAGGAAUCGUCAGGCAGCUGACAAUAUUUUUAAAAAUGGGCUGCUUAAAUGUGGGCAUGAGGGAGUCGAACAUACAUGCAAUUUUGUAUUGUUUUCGUUCUUCACUUGGAGUUUCUCGAAGAGUGCUGGAUAUCAUGUACAUAGAAAAUUGCUAAAUAUGUAGUUUUACACCUCAAAGAGUUGCAACAACAGCCUGAUUCAUCCAGGAAUCUCAUCGAAAAAUGGAUUGCCUCAGCAUGGCAAAGAACACCUAACUUACAAGGGAUAAAUUAGAAUGGCUAAAAAUUUGAAAAAUACAUCUUCUUGGAUUCUUCUGAGCUCAAUAUUUUUGGCCGAGAUUUCAAUAUUGCGCCAGGCCGAAGGUCGAGCCUAAUAUUGAAGUGGAUAGUUACUUAAUAUUUUGCCAUAUUGGACGAAUAUGAAUCCAAUAAGAGUUUUAUCCAAUCGAACAAAACAAUUGUAUCACAAAACAUUGUCAAAUAAACGAUAAAGUAAUACAACGUGAAUAAUACAGCGACAACAUUACAACUACAUAUACCGACGGCGAAUUUGUUUAAAAAUAACUAAACAAAAAGUAAAUAAACUUGUUUUUGCAAACUCAAUUCCUUGUAUGUUUAAAGGAAAUUUGACUUAAUUUUAACAAAAAAAAUUCUAUUACUAACGUCGAUGCUGUUGCAAAUAAAUUAAUUUCGCGAAGAGAAGUUUUGCCCCUUUAAUAAUUUCAAACAAAACUGGUAGAAAAAACUGUAUUAAUGUCCUAAAUUCUUUUCAUAUUCUGCUAUUUUGCUUUUCGUAUGUUUGAAAUUGACAAAAACAUCUGAACAGCGUUGAAAAAACAAGAAGAAAAAAAACACGAUUCGCAACUGUCCAACAGGUUCCUGCCCAAUAUCGUAAAAUAUUGGAUCGGCAGGUGACCCUCUUAACGAUUACUGAUUGAUUAAGUGCGCGUGAGUGUACUAUAAUAAUAACAAUUGUCUUAAUGCAAUAAUUAUAAUAAUAACAAUUGUCUUAAUGUUCUGCACCAUCAGCGUUGUUCUCUACUAUUUUAUCAAAGAUACAGUCUAAUCUCAUGGAAGUAACGAUAUGAAGGCUAUUUGAGAUCUUACAAUUACACUUUUGGAUGCUAGGCGUUUUCUUUCCUAUUGAUAUAAAUUGUAAUUGUCGGAUCCAAGUUGGAACAACUACCAAAAGGAAAUUAACCGGAAUAAAUAAUUGAACCGAUAGUUUGUCGAAUUUAUCCAAUUCAAGUUAGGUGGUUAUAACACCAGAGGUUUAUCGUACAUUAUCUUAUAUUUAUAGUGCAAAUUUAGAACAGAAUUGUGCGCAUUGAAAUCCAGGCGUUUCCAUAUAUACAAAAAAAUGUUAUUCCAAACAGGGCGAUAACGACCCAAUGCAUGUUCUAAAUAAUAGAGAACCUUUCAUUUAAAAAUAAAACAUCGAGUUUAUGAAAUUACCUUUAGUUCGGUCGCAUAAACAGCUCGACGUUUCAGCUAGACCAAUAACGCCUGCAUAACUAUGAUUUUCUCGCUCAUUUAAAUUCAUUAUGAUGCGAUUCUAUGUCAUGUACUUCGACUAAAUUUCACUUCCCUAAUUUUGGAUGUAUGGUGAAUGACAGUUUCUCCAACGGUGUCCCAAGAAUUUCAUCCCACCCCAUCAUUUCGCCCCCCUUCCCCCAGUGAAGAUUCGCCCUUUCGGGUAACGAAUUUCCUGGGAUAUCCCCUCCCCCCCUUUAGGAUGUUGGACCCUCGUCCCUUUAGAAACGUCACCUUUGUUGCCCACAAACUACAUGUUUGUAUACCAGUGUAUUUGAACUUUAUGGUCAUUCUCUUUUAAGAUUCUGUGUAAAGGGAAUCUGAGACAGUCUGGUGUUACCAAAGUCGCUCGGGAUAAUCGUCUCAGCUCGAAUAGAAACGAAAGAUCUUUUACAUAUAAUGGUAGAACAAUACAAAGAAGAAGUGUCAACAAAUUUGAACUUAAGUUCAACGUUACCCAAGAUAUGGUUCCAAGCUGUAGAAUUCUGGUCUAUUAUGUCAAGAAGGAUAAAGAGACUGUUGGUGACAGCAUUGUGUUCGAUGUUGAAGAAAAGCUUGAAAAUCAGGUACGAGCUUAAGUAAAAUAUACUUUCGCUUGCUUCUCCGGUUUGAAUAAGUGAAUAUGACCUCUCGUAGAAUUAGAUUCAGGAACGAACCUUUUCACGUUUCAACCUAAUAUCCUUGUAACGUUGGUAUCGGUACGCUUGGUGGGCUGUUAUAAUUGGGAAAAUCCUGCGCUAUUCACCAAGAUUGUAAUGUUUCUCUACAUCCUUUUGUAUAUUUGAGUAAGCACGUGCGUCACGUCCUUGAGACUUUACGGGCAAUUGUCUGCCAUUAGAAGAUUGAACUGGAAAUUAGCCAUAUUACUCAGAGACCAUCUGACGGCCUCCCUAAGUCGAUAUUGAUAGUCAGGGUGAAAGAAUAAUAGAAAAUCAGUUUCUAAUCACUAUAAGAAAAAUAGGGGAUCAAUUUCCUGCCAUAAAAGCCUUUGACAGCUCACGAUCAUGUGGCCUUCAAUCUAAUUAUGAAUGUCGGCACAUUUAAAAAUUGGACAUAUCUUGAUUUUACCAUCUAUUGGAAGUUAUUGUCUCUUUUAGUAACUACAAUUAUUUUCCCGAAUUUAUCCUCUACGCCUAUAUAAGUUGACGUUAAACAUGUUCAAUUACCUUUCGUUCAUGACAUAGAUACAUGCAUGGUGCACGACAAUCAGGGGCGCCGGAGCCACGGGGGCAGCGGGAGCAACUGCCCUCGUUGCCCAAACAUUGCGGGGGCAGCACGGGGGCAACAGGAUGGUCUUUUUGCCAGAACUGGACCUCAAAAUUUGUGCAUUAUUCACUGCAGAAAUUGGAAUUUAGAACUUAAUUUUUAGAACGAUGUUUUUAGAACAAUGUUUUUCAGUCAGUAUGUGUAAACAAAGACUUUGUUUCCAUUUCGGUAUCCAAAAUAUGGAAUUUUAUUCGAAAACUAUUUAUAUUUUCAUGAUUCUAGAGCUUUUAAAUUAUCAAGACACGACAAUCAAGCUUUGCAAGAACGUAAAAUGAAAUAAGAAAGUACUAAACUGUUUGUAUAAUAAGAGGGCUCGAUCCUUUGUGCACAUACGCAGAUCGGACUGUACAGCAUUUUUGUGUCCCAAUCAAUUCUAUGUGUGCCCAACUGCCUCCCCUUGUCGUUCAUUUGUCAUUUUGGCGAAAAAAACGUUACAAAUGCCCCACCAUGGGGUCCAAAUAAUACAAAAAAUUCCCCAUCCCUGGGCACUUAUAUUUCUGAACCAAAAAAUCGAAUGCAGGCUCUAUUUUGUAUCAAUAUAUCUGUAUUUAAAAUUGAUUCUGUAGCCAUUUUGUUUCAAACGUUUUUAUUCAAUUAAAAUAUGGAUGUCUCAAAACUUAAAGUAACAAUAUAAAAAGGCAGAAGUAUAAAUUAGUCAGUGUAUUAACACUAUGGACAAGAAUAAAAGUGUGUAUUAUCAUAGCCCAUACUCAAUAGAAAUCAGGGCUAUGCAACUCAUUGUCCUAUGUUAUUGUUCACGUUAUGCAUAUUUAUGUAAAUUCAUACCAUUGUAUUUUCUGUAUAAUGAAGCUGUCAUCCAAUAGCAACAAUUGGACUGAAUCAAUAGUUGCUUCAACGUCACGUGUUGGGACGCUUCGAAUGAAAAAUGCGGCAUGAGUAGAUCGCACUAUGGUAUAUGUGCGUACUACUAAUACGGUUAGAUAGGGAAACAAGCGACAAAUAUUCCACUUUUUAGUCUCGAGCAAAUACCUCACUCCAGGGCUAACAUGCAGAAAGCAAAUGCCCGACCCUGGGAAUAAGUACAGUUGAUAAUGCCCUACAAACGCCCCGGGGGGGGGAUCCAUGGAAUUAGCCUUUCUCACGCCGCCAUUUUUGGGUGGCAUUCAACUGAAAUCCGGGAGAUCAGUCCACAUAGCAGCGACUUUUUAUAUUUUUUUGACAAAUGGUGGUAAAUAUGCUUUGUAAAAGAUUAGUUUAUUUUGAAAAAUUCCUUCUCACAUUGUUUUAAUUGUCUGCAUUGGUAAACGAGAAUUGCGUGCCACCCAAAAAUGGCGGAUAUUCGUCAUCGUGAGAAAGACUAAUGGAUUGAGACUUUAAGCAAUCUUUUUGCUUAAUUUUUAACCAGUUGUAGUAAAAUUAAUGCUAAAUCAAGCAAUAUACGUUCGUUCACUGAUUUCAUUUUGCGCCUUUAGCACGGUGCAACAAAUAAAAUUGUUCAAAAUUAAUGUCAAAGUUUGCCGACCCAUAAUGGCCACAAGUAAUCGAGUAUCCAUACAGCAAAAUUUUAGCAAAUAUUGCUGUCCAGAAAAAUGAAGUGCCCUUUUGAAAUGGCUGCCCCUGCCUCUUCACAUUGCUUCCGGCGCCCCUGACGAAAAUGAUAAUAGAGCCAUGGAUUUGCUAGGACAAAAUAGUCUAUGUUUCAAAGUUUUCCAAGACAAGUUCCCCACCGUUAACGAAAGUUGGACAAUGAAAUAUAUCAAAGUAAUUAUUUGCUAAACAUGUGUUGUCUGCGGCAUCUUUUUUUAGAUCUCGGUUGAUUUUGUUGAGGCGCAGAAAACGCCCGGUCAGAAAACGAAGAUUGUAAUGAAAGCAAAACCUGGGUCUCGUGUGGCGAUUUCUGCCCUUGAUAAAAGUGUUCUAUUUUUGAGAGAUUCUGAAGAAGUAAAGAAAGAAGAGGUGCGUGAUUAAAUUUUGAUUAUAGGUACAAUUUGAACAUUGGAUAGCUUCUUGGCCGAGUCAAAGGCAACCGUGUUAUUAUUCAUUUCACAAAACUAAUUAACUUAACUAACAUUCAUUCUUGAAAAUUGUAGCAAUUAUUUCUCAGCUGCCUCCUUCGUUGUCGUGUGGUUAACUGGCAUACCAGCCAGUGGUGCCAACCUCACCGGCGUUGGUUGUGUACCAGCUUUGACAACAGUAUUAAGGUCAGGGUGACGUCAACCACAACGGGAACUUGUGAAAUUGUCAACAUCAUACCAUCCUUUAUCAUAAAACACCGCGAAUUGAAAUACAAUAUCGAUUCUAGAUUUUCUAUCUAUUUCUAUAGGUAAUGAGAAUUCUUAACCGACAAGAUAUUGGUCUAAUGAACGCGCGUAGCUAUUCAAAAUGUAAAUCCCCUUCAAGAAUGCCGCUUGAAACAGAUGCUUCCGAAGCAUUUAACGUAAGUACGAAAAUAAUAUUUAUCUUUGAGGAUUCAUUUGUUUCGCUGAAUGGUAUUUUAAUGGCUGCAUGGUCGAGUGCCAUUCAUUGUCUUCAACUCUCAGUGGACACUCCUCCAGCGGAACUAGAAAUUUCCUAUGUAGGCACAUCAUGUACCGCAAAACUUGAAUCUCCCAAUAGUGGACUGAGUAAUAAUUGCAUGGCUUCUUCCAAAAUUCAAAGACCAAUUUGUGAAGUAUAUGUUAAUUUUUUAUAA